UAUAAAUUCUCUGGAGAAUGUCCGAAAAGUAAACAGUUUCAGUCUGAAACCCACACACACACCAUUCAAAUAUGAAGUUCUUCUCAGUUGUAUUAUUGGCUGCUUUGUGUGCAACGGCCGUCACCGCUGCACCACAGACCACACAAAACUUUUCAUUCCAAGAAUACGGGUUGUCGGACAUAUUCGAAGGAAUUGGCAAAAAGCUCAGGGAACACUGGGCCAAUGUUAAAUGCAUAAGCGAAGUUGUUGGCAAAGCCGUGCAAGAUAGCGAAGUCAAAAGUGCCUGGGAUGAAACCAAGACCAAAAUCGAUACUCUUGCUAACGUUGAAUGGAAAAAGUGCUUCGAAGUCACAGACGCCAUCGAACGAUCCAAAUGCAAAGCUGUUGUUGUUGAGAAAGGUGUAGGAGCCAUCACUGAAUUCUUGAAGAAAUUGGCUGCUGAGGCCAAAAGGAGGGAAUUGGUGAAGGAGAUCAAAGACAAGGUUGUAGCCGAGUGUUUCAAAGAAAACGCCGUUUUCUUCGAUUUGGACGAUCAAGCCGAAGAGUUCCAAGCAUCAUUUCCAGAACAAUUCGAAUGCAUUGUUGAUGUGCUUGGUGAUGUAUCGAAAGCCAACGGAUUAGGAGAAUUGUGGUCAAAGACUGAACCACAAGUGCGUCACCGUAUCGGCAAUUGGAAGCAAUGCCCAAAUGCCGGAAACAAAUUCCUUGUUCUUCUCUGCAAUGUGAAAGAAGGAGUUUCAACCUACAAAUUGGUCACUGAAUACCUUCAAUUGGCUGCUGGUGAAAACCCACAAGCCCUCCAAGAAUUCGCUCGUCAAAUUCAACAACGCUGUUCCGGUCAAACAUAUGCCGAACUCAUGGCUGAAUUUGCCAGAGAAGGUGAAACCGACGGAAACCAGGGAAACGGAGUUGAAAAGGUGAAGUGCAUCACCGAAGCCAUUGGCGAUGCUGUCAAAGAGACUGACUUCAAUAAAAUUUGGGAGGAAUACAAAAAAGACUUGGAACAAUUGCACGAACGAGUCAAGGCCUGUAAAAAUUUACCAAGCAAAUGGGAAGCAGCAAAAUGCGUUACCAAAGAAGUUGAACAAAGCCGCGAAAUUCUCCACAAAUUCCUCGCCAACUUGAAACAAGCCAAUCAAGAGACUUUCGAGCGAGUCAAGAAAUACGUCAAACAAAGAUGCUUCGCAUGAACUCGGCGCACAAAAGUGUCUAUAGAUUCAAAGCCAAACUCAUCAGAAAGUACGUAAAUGAAGUGCAUGCCCGCAAUGGAAGUAACCCAAUGGCUUUUAUUGUGCAAAAGAAACAGAUGAGAAAUAAAUCAAACUUGUUGAACUAAAA